AUGCAGUCCAACACAACAUUCAAUAUUGAAGAACUGUUACUAAAAAUAGAAAAUGUUGCAUUAAAAAAUAUUAAAAAUAAAGAAAGUUUAGAUUUACUAAAGAUACUAUAUAAAGUAUGUUUAAACUAUAGAGUAAAGAAUUUAAGAUCAUUAACGAUAAAUUCCACAUUCAUUGAUAAACUAACUUCAAUGCUUUUAGAUAUAAAUACACCCUUUAAAAUCAAAAUUUUAAUACUAUCUACAAUUUCAAAGAUUUCAAAAAAUGAACCUCAAUUACUUUAUAAAAAUUUAAAAUCAUUUGACUCGAAAACACUACCAAUGUUAUUAUCAUUAUUAUUAACAAAUGCAACUCAUUCACAACUUUUUAUUCAAAACAUACCAGUACUGGUACAAUCAAUUUCUACACAAGAUCCACUAUUAAGAUGGUCCUCAAUGCCAUCAUUAGCUAUUGCUGCAAGAUAUCAUUCAGAUUUAUUAACAACCUCCCAUACCAAACCAAUUGAAACUCAGCUAAUCCAAUUUUUAACACAUGCUAGUUUAAUAUCUGAUCAAAAACAAUCCUCAACUGGUUUCUUUGGAAAAAUUGCAAAUACAGCCGCAACACCUGUUACUGAAUUAGAUGGAUCCAUUUCAAUCGAAUUUUUUACAGUUUUAAAUAAUUCAGCAUCCUACACCGAAGAUCAAACAUUUAAUAUUUAUUCAUUCUCUAUAUUAUAUACAUGGUUAAAGAAUUUAUAUAAACCUCUAAUAGUAAAUGAAAAGAGUAGUAGCACUAACACAAAUAAUAACAAUGAAGAGGAUGAUCAACCACAAACACAACCAAUGUCAUCAACACCACCCCAACAAUAUUUACCAAUCCAAUUACAAAAUCAAAGAAAUUUAAAUCAACCAUUUCAUAAUGCAGUCGUAUCUUACUGUUUAAGAAUUAUAGACCAAUUAAAAUUUAAACCACUUAAUAGUGAUCAGACUGGUAAUCAAAAUAAUCAAAUUAAUUUAGGUGGAGGUAUUGGAAAUAAAGACCAAGAUAAUUUGCCAGUAAUCGCAUUGUUAGAGGCUGUUAGAAUUUUAGAUUACUUAUGUUGUUUAGAUAAUAAUUUAUUUGCCAAAAUCUUUCCAACAGUCCAAAAAGCCUAUCAACUUCAUUUACCAUCCAGCAAAUCUACAAAUGCACACUCAGGCCAUGUAUUAUUAGCAUUACUUCAAUUCUUUGUUAACCAUAGUCACACAUUAGUUUAUGACCCUGAACCAUUAUUCAAAGCAUAUUUUCAAACUUAUUUACCAAGAACCUAUAUGAAUUCCUUUGUAUCAUUUGAAACUUUAAAUUUUUGUUUAAAGAAUAAAGAAAUUUUAUUAAAGAAUUCAAAUGUUUUUAAUUUAUAUUUCCCUCCAAUUUUCAAGUGUUUAGCAUGGUUCCCACAAAGUUAUGUUUUUGAAUUUUCAGAACUAUUACCAUCAUUAAUAGCGCCACAUAGUUUUAUUGAAGUAUUUCAUUUACUUUUAGACUUGCCAUUGUUGACUUUAUCAAUGGAAAGUGUCUUGGUUGAACAAAGGAAAUUUGCAUCAAUGGGUAUCGAGCACAGCGAUGUCGUUGACACAGCAUGGAGUGAAUAUAGGGUAUUGUACAACUAUCUAUUACGUAAUGAAAGUGGUGUAAACAUCAACUUUUGGUCCACAACUACAUUGCCACUUCUUCAACAAUUUUGUAAAAAGAACCCAGUUACCCCACGUUCAAUAGGAUCAUGCGAUUUGGUACCAUCAUUAUUAAACAUCUAUUUUGAUGUUCUUUUGGAAUAUGGAAAUCUUCAAAUCUUUAUACAACUAUUACCUGUAAUCUUUGAACGUAUUGACCAACUAUUCCUAUACGAGCCAUAUCAAAAGAAAGUACGAGAAAAUUUAAUGUCACAUGUUUUAGCAAUUUUUAAAAGAUAUCCAAGCUUAAUAGUAUCUGAAAAAGAUUUAAUCAUUCAAGUAGUUAGCGAAGCACGUAUGCACUAUAGGGACAUUGUUACUCUUUCAUUAUGCUUUAUAAUUGGUGAAUAUACCUCACCAUUCCUUUGUGGCCUAAACAACGUUAGUAGUCAAAUCUUUUCAGAAUAUCACGAAACUUUAGAAUUAAUAACUUAUGAAAAAAUCAAUACAAUCAAAAUGGAUUCAACAAUGAAUAAUAACAGCAAUAGUAAUAAUUUUAGCAGCAAUACAAACAAUUUAAAUUAUUUAAAUAUUUUAAAUAUUAAUAGUAAUAAUAAUAACAACAAUUUAAAUAGUGGUAUGGAUGUUAAUCAAUUGCAGCAACAAUAUAAUAUAAAUAUAAUGUUGAUUUUAAUGUCAUCAUUAACUAAAAUUGCAUCAAGAUGGCCUGAUGCCACUUCGCGUGUUGUAUUAUGUCUAAUGAAAAUUGUUGGAUACCAUCAAUAUUUUGACCCACAAGUCAUUCAACGUGCCAACGAGUGUAUUUCAUUGCUUAAAUAUCCAAGUUUUGCAGCUGCUCUCUAUAAUUGUGAUCAACCUCAAGAUGAAAUUUUCCACUCGACCAUUUCAAAUCAAACCAUUGGUAUAACAAUUCAAGAUUGCAAUUCUUCACUCUCUUUCUUAUUACAAGAUACUUUGAAUUUUAAAUCUACCAAAAAUAAUUCUAUUCAUCCAUACAUUUUAAAAUAA